GCGCUCCCCGGGCGCGCGCCAUCACAGACGUCGGCCCACUCGCGCUCCCGCCGGAGGCUCGGCUUGGGUGGAGGAGGAGGAGACUGAGGUCGGUGGGCGGGUUGAAUGGCGGCGGCGUCUCCUCCUCCACCCGUCGCUUUUGCUUUCGGGACGGUUUCUGCCAUGGGUCGUUAUCCCGCUGCGUGGGCGCUCCUCCUGCUCCUCCGCCCCUGUUCGGGGACUGCCUACAAGCUGGCCGAGACAGACACAUUGGAAGUCACCAUCUUCUUUACAGAUGACCUCAGCCUACCAGAUGGGGCAGCCGAGUUGAAGAUUCAGGAUAGAAGCAUUGGUUACUAUGACACCACGUUACCAGGAGCUCAGUUUCACUUGGCUAACUUAGAACACUUCCGUAAAACUAUUGAUAGCCUGUUGGAAGAAAAUAAGGAAAACACAAUCGCAUUGGCAGAGCAGCUGAUGGAUCAGGCGAAGUUGUUAACCAACAACUCUCUCCCCCCAAAUGAAAUCGGUGAGCUCUAUCUGUACUUAGAGAAACCAGCUGUCUUCGGGGAGGUAAACACUUUGACCUGUUUCAUCAGCGGCUUUUUCCCACCAACCGUAAUGGUAACGUUACAGAAGAACGCACAGCCUGUCAAUGGCGAAGUUAACUCCUCACACCUCUCAUUUGGCAAAGAUUGGCGAUUUCAAGUGCUCCACUACACAUACAUCCAGCCAGCAGAAGGUGACAUAUACUCCUGUAGAGUGCUCCAUAACAUCAGCAAAGAGGAAAAAGUAAUUUACUGGGAACCAGAAGAACAAAGUCGUGCUGAAGGACUGGAUACAAGCCAGAUUGCUGUUUUGAUCUGUGGGCUGAUUAUAGGAAUACUUGGCACAGCAGCUGGACUCUACUUAUGUUUUCAGUUGCGACUGUCUGGCUGUGACUCUUGGACAGUCCGGAUCAAUCCCCCUUCUCAAUAAGAAAUGAAUCUGCAAUGUUUCACAGUCGUCUGUACCUUGCUCUGUCACAAUUAGGUGCACUCAGAUUUGUAAAUAUCAUUCUCUUCCGUCUUAAGCUGUUGAUUUUAAAUAUCAUGUUCCGAUUCUGAAAUUCUGUAUUUCAUCUGUCAGUUGUCCAUUUACAUGCUUAAUACUACAGCAAUCUCCUUCAGAUAGACAAGGUCACAGGCAGGUCGGGUCAUAAAAUGGAUGGCACAUUCGCUUUUAUAAAUCAAAGUAUUCAGUACAGGAGUUGCGAUGUUAUGUUGAAGUUGUACAAUACACCGGUGAAGCCUAAUUUGGGAGCAUUGUGUUCAGUUCUGGUCACCUACCUACAGAAAAGAUUUCAAUAAGAUUGAAAGAAUGCAAAGAGAAUUUACAAGGAUGUUGCUGGAAGUUGCAGGCCUGAAUUAGAGGAAAGGUUGAGUAGGUUAAGACUGUAUUCCCUGGAGCACAGGAAACCAAAGGAGUUUUGAUAGAGCUGUACAAAGAUAUGAGGGGUGUAGAUAAGGUAAUUGCAAGCAGGCCUUUUCCACUGAGGUUGGGUAAGGCUAGAACUAGAGUUCAUGGCUUAAAGGUGGAAGUGAAAUGUUAGGGGAAUUAAUUUGCUAAGGAAUUUCAAUUCAAGUUGGUUCACAAAUACAUUGGACACGGACUUCAAAGUGACUCGAGAAUAUCUUUAUUCAUGAAUAAGGAAGAAUGAUUUGCUAACAGUGAGAUCGCCAAGUUUUCUAAAGAAAAAUAGUCAUAGCCUUUUUUAUACUUACACACAGAAAGUCAAUUACAUCAAAGUUAAAGAAAGUUCAAUUCUGCCGAAGGGUCUGGGCCCAAAGCAUCGACUGUCCCUUUUUUUAUAGAUGCUGCCUGGCCUGCUGAGUUCCUCCAGCAUUUUGUGGAUUAUUGCAAGCGUGAUGAGAGCCGGGUGGCCCUACCAACACCUUCCCCACUCCCACAGAGGGGUCACCCUGGAAUCAUUGUCUACAGCCAUAGUCUCUUCACCGAUGGAAGGGACGACAACUACAACUAAAUGCAAUAAGGCUUGUUACUGGGCAAAAGUGAAAUUUGCUGUUACCUUAUUUGUUUGCCUUUACUUUUGCCAUGUCUUUCUGUGUUAUUUUGCUGUAUUUAACAUGUGCAAUAAAAUGAGUU